AUGUAUCCCGUCCAGUAUGCUCCGCAACCGUAUGUAGCUGCCGUGACGCCCGCAUUCAAUCAACAGCCUGCUCAGGCUUAUCAAGCGCCUCCAGCUUAUCGACCAGCUCCAGUUCAACAACGUGCUGCGGCUCCGCCAGCUUAUCAACAAGCACCAACAACUCCUGUUUAUCAACAACCGAGAGCUCAAGCGCCGAGGCAGAAUACUCAGAACCAAAAUAGGAGACAAGGGGAGAAGGCGACCUUCAAUCCAAUCCCAAUGUCGUACACUGAGUUGUAUCCCUCUUUGUUGCAAAAGGGUUUGGUGGUUCCUAGACCUAUGGGACCUCCACCUGACCGUCUUCCUCCAUGGUACAACCCUAAUGCACACUGCCCUUUUCAUGAAGGUGCCCCCGGGCAUGACCUAGAGGGUUGCUACGCUCUAAAGCAUAGGGUUCGUGAGCUAAUUGAAAGCAAGAUCUUGUCUUUUAAGGACAUGGGACCGAAUGUGAAGAACAAUCCUCUUCCUCCCCAUGGAGAUCCUGCGGUGAACGCCAUUGAAGAUGCAUCUACUGUUGUUAUGGUUGAGAAGGUGGAGGAUGUUAAGACCCAUUUGGCAGCAUUCCAUGCCCGAUUGGUGGAAGCCGGCCUGGUUAAUGUUGAUCAUGACAACUGUGAAGAGUGUGCCAUAUACCCGAAGGGAUGUCAGGUGGUACGAGACAACAUUCAAGAUCUAAUGGAUAAAGGAGUGCUUCAAAUAUCCAGUGAUGUGAAGAACGAAGAUGUGUUGGUGAUUGAACCUUGUUUCAAUUUACUUGAACCAGUCGAAAUCCCAUAUUAUAGUGGUGGAGUGGUCCCGGUGUACAGUAAGCCAUCGCCUGUCGAGAUAUGUAUGCCCAUGCCUUUUCCCUACGAGAGCACCAAGGCUGUGCCUUGGAAAUAUGAGAUUACUGUUGUGGAUAAGGUUGUUGAAGGAAGUUCAGACGCUGAGGUGACAGAAGCUGUGAGUGAAGACGUCACAAAUAUUGCAGGAAUGAGCAGAAUGACCCGUAGUGGUCGAAUCUAUACGCCUGAAUUCAAUGUGACUCCUCAAGGGCCGGCCAAGGAAUCAACAGUUGUAGCUCCCGCUAAAGAAUCUGAAGUGGUUCAAUCCGAAGACGCUGUUGAAUUCUUGAAGUUGAUCAAGAAAAGUGACUACAAGGUUGUGGACCAGUUGCAUCAGACACCAUCUAAAAUCUCUAUUCUAUCUCUGCUAUUGAACUCCCAAGCCCAUAGGGAAGCUUUGUUGAAGGUGCUUGCUCAAGCUCAUGUAACACAAAGCAUAACAGUAGAUCAAUUUGAUGGAGUGGUUGCAAACAUCACAGCUUGCAAUACUUUGAGCUUCAGUGGAGAGGAAUUACCUGAGGAUGGACAAAAUCAUAAUCGUGCCCUCCAUAUCUCGGUAAAAUGCAAAGAUGAUGCUUUGGCAAGAGUGUUGGUUGAUACUGGAUCUUCUCUGAAUGUGAUGCCAAAAAGAACACUCGCCAAAUUAUCUUAUCAAGGACCAGCUAUGAAGCCUAGUGCCUUGGUAGUGAAAGCUUUUGAUGGUUCCAGGAGAACCGUGAUUGGAGAGGUGGAACUGCCCAUAUUAAUUGGCCCUCAUGGGCAGUUACCUCCACCUUACACCAAUAGAUGA